AUGUCAACAACAACAACAACAACAACUACAACAACAACAAAAUUCCAAAAUUCCAAAUUUAAUGUCACAUUAGUUGAUACACUAAAAGCUGAUAAUAGUGUAAACAUUGUUACCAAAAAUAUUCCAUUCCUUUUGGUAAUCGAUCCAAAGAAAUUAAAUUCAAAUAAAUUAAAUAAAUCAAAUGGAGGUGUAUUCCAAAACCUUACCAAAGAUAAAGUUUCACUAAAAUUAGUAUACGAAAAUGAUUUGGAAAGUAAGGUAAACUCUUUAAAAACCAGUCCAUUGGAUUACAAUAUCUACAUCAAAGAUCAAACAGUAACCGUAGAAACAAGAAUCCAAACUUUAUCAUCUAAACAUGAAAAUAAUUUAUUUAAAAUUAUCUUGGAAUUAGAUGGUAAAUCAUUAUACACUGAAUCAAUUCGUUGUGUAUCAAAAAUAACAAAUACAGUAAUAAAUAAAGAUAAUAGAGAUGCAAUUAAUAAUAACAAUAGUAAUAAUAAUCAUAAUUUAAAUAGUAAUAGUAAUAAUAAUAAUAAUAAUAGUAAUUGUAAUAAUAAAGAAAUAAUAACUGAUAAUGAAUCAAUCUCAUCAACAAAUAGUCCAGUUGUAAAAAAAACUAAAUCAUCAAAUCAUAGACAUACAUCUGAUAUGGCUAAAACUAUUAAAAAACUUAAAAAAUUACGUCAAAAUGAUAAAAACUUAAUAUCAUUACUUUAUCAACAAAAUAAAUUAAUUACAACACAAUUAAAUUCAGUGACAUCAAUUGUUAAUUCAUUGGUUACAUACCAUAAUACUAACAACAAUAAUAAUAAUAAUAAUAUAAAUAAUUUUCAAAAUAUGUACCAAUCAUCACCUCCAUCACAUGAGGCACCUCAAACACCAAAUACAUUUUCAUUACCACCUUCACCACCAACAAAUCCAAACACACCAACUCCAUUCCCAUUUACAUCUGAAUCAAGUAAUUUAAGUAUUACUUCAACAUCGUGUGAUGCCUUGGGUAACAAUAAUAACAACAAUAGUAAUAAUAAUAACAACAAUAAUAAUAAUAAUAACAAUAACAAUAAUAAUUCUGGUUGCCAAAUUCAAGAUUUUCAAUUUCCAAUGAUUGAUUCUGAUGUUCUCAAAUCAAUUUCUACCAAUGAAACCUGUUAUAGUUAUCCAUCUGAUGGAUCCAGUAGCUGCCAAAGUUUUACAGAUUAUCAAGUUGCAAAUGACUUUGAUAAUAACAACAAUAUUGACUCUUCAUCAUCAAAUGACGGUAUUCACAACAAUGAUAUCGUAGUUGCUGCUGCUAAUUCAUCAUCUACAUCUGCAUUUAGUCAUGAGGUAAGAUUAAUUGAUUCUCAAUUAAAACUUAAAUCAUCUUUUUCAAAUGUUUUAGAAUAUAAACAACAACAACAACAAAAUUUUGAUGUAAAUAUAUAUUCACACCCUUCUUCUACUUUUAUUGAUUUAGAUUUCAAUCUUUUAGGUUCUCAAAAUGGUUUAAACAUAAAUCAAAACGAGGAUCAAGUUCUUAUUUAA